GCCGUCCCCUCUCGGUCCUGGGCCCUGGCAAAUCUGGCAGUGGUGAUGGGGGAGGAGACGCAGCAUCCCUGCGUCUUGAGGGGGCCGGGGCAGGGCAGCGCUGGCAGGCGCCCGGGGGAAGAGGGCAGCUCUGAGGCGCGCUCCCACCCCUGCACGGAGCGGGGGCCAGGCGGGGAGGCUGGGAAGCUGGCUGCGUAGCGGUGAGUCGCUGCUGGGUGUCUGCAGGGUGGCGACAGACCACAAUGUUGACAACACGACGGCCGUGCUGCGGGAAUGGCUGAUCCACGUGCAGAGCCUCUAUCACCACGUGGAGUGGAGGCCGAUGGAGGAGCCCAGGUCAUACCCGGAUGAGGAAGGCCCAAAGCACUGGUCAAAUUCUCGCUAUGAGUAUGUGAUGAAGCUCAGACAGGCAGCCUUGAAAUCUGCCCGGGACAUGUGGGCUGACUACAUCCUGUUUGUGGAUGCAGAUAAUAUCCUGACAAACCCAGACACUCUGAGCCUGCUGAUGGCGGAGAAUAAGACGGUGAUAGCACCUAUGCUAGAUUCUCGUGCUGCCUAUUCUAACUUCUGGUGUGGGAUGACCUCACAGGGUUAUUACAAACGUACUCCUGCCUACAUUCCUAUUCGGAAGCGGGAUCGUCGUGGUUGCUUUGCUGUCCCCAUGGUGCAUUCCACCUUCCUGAUCGACCUGAGAAAGGAGGCCUCCUGGGAUCUCACCUUCUACCCUCCACACCCAGACUACACCUGGUCCUUUGACGAUAUCAUUGUCUUUGCAUUUUCCUGUAAGCAGGCAGAAGUCCAGAUGUUUGUGUGCAACAAGGACGUUUAUGGCUACCUGCCAGUACCUCUGAGAUCCCACAGCACUCUCCGGGACGAGGCGGAGAGCUUCAUGCAUGCGCAGCUGGAGGUCAUGGUGAAGAACCCUCCAGUGGAACCUUCGCAAUAUGUGUCGGUCCCGCCCAAGAUACCUGAUAAGAUGGGUUUUGAUGAGGUGUUCAUGAUUAAUCUGAAGCACCGGACAGACCGACGUGACCGAAUGCUGCAGACGCUAUAUGAGCAGCAGAUAGAGUGCAAAAUCGUUGAGGCUGUAGAUGGAAAAGCUAUGAACAGCAGCGAGGUGGAGGCUUUGGGGAUUAAAAUGCUUCCAGGUUAUCAGGAUCCAUACCAUGGCCGUCCACUCACCAAAGGGGAGCUGGGGUGUUUUCUUAGUCACUACAAGAUCUGGAAGGAGAUUGUGGAGAGAGGGCUGGAGAAAUCAGUCGUGUUUGAGGAUGACCUGCGUUUUGAGAUUUUCUUUAAGCGACGUUUGAUGAACCUAAUGUACGACUUGGAAGACGAGGGCCUAGAUUGGGACCUGAUCUACAUUGGGAGAAAGCGGAUGCAAGUGGAGCACCCAGAGAAGUCUGUGCCUCAUGUGCGAAACCUAGUGGAAGCUGAUUAUUCCUACUGGACUCUGGCCUAUGUGAUAUCACUGCAGGGCGCCCAGAAGCUGCUGGCAGCUGAGCCGCUGUCUAAAAUGUUACCAGUGGAUGAAUUCCUUCCUGUCAUGUUUGACAAGCAUCCUGUAUCUGAGUACAAGAAGCAUUUUGAAAACCGGAAUUUGCUGGCCUUUUCAGUGGAACCACUUCUGAUUUACCCCACACAUUACACUGGUGACGAUGGUUACAUAAGCGAUACCGAGACCUCGGUGGUUUGGAAUAAUGAGAAAGUAAAAACUGACUGGGACCGUGCCAAAUCUCAAAAAAUGAAAGAGCAACAGGAGCUGAAAAAUGAGGCGAGGAACUCAGAUGUGCUCCAGUCUCCUCUUGACAGUGCAGCCCGGGAUGAACUAUGACCAGAGCAGGCCCCUGACAGGGAAAGGAAAAAGGGACUGAGAGGUAUAGGGUAGACGGCAGGAGGAGAGUUAUAGUAGUAACAUCGUUUUUGUGGGGAUUACUGGGCUUUCCUUUCCUGUCCAAGGAUAUGAUGGCAAAAUAACUUACAGAAAAAAGCCCACAAGGGUUAUGGUUGGAGCCCUACUGAUCACUGCUGUUUUCAGACUGUAGGAGGGAGAAUGCUGGAGGAAGUCAGGUUUGCCAGGCAAAUUCAUUUAGCUAUUGACAGAUCCAUUGUGCGGCGGAGGUCUUCAUACAGCCAGUCACUGUAAUGGAGAAGUUUUAUUCUUCAGUUUAGGAAAUGGGUACCUGGUAGAAAAUCUCUUUUCUUGCCUCUGUUGCCACAUAUGUGCAUCUGCACUGGGAAUCUCUCUCUUGACAUUUGACUGUUCCUUUGGGGAAGAGGGCUGAAAUGCAGGCAGAUCCUGCAGAUUCCAGGGAACAGUUUGGCCUAAUAUAUAGCCUGAGGUCCCCUCUCUGUGUAAGACUUUUCUAGUUUUGUGAAAUGUUUGGCUAUGGCUUGAACUAUGUUCUGCCUUCUUGCAAACAGCCCAAAGUGCCUAGAGAAGGAGCACAAGAAGUACUGAUAUCUCCUCUAUUAAGCUCCAUCUUGUACCUUAACUGAGUGCUGGCUUCUUAGCUCUGGAGGCUGAAGUGUAUUUGCAGGAUGGGCAGCAGUGGCACACAGCCCUUAGGCUGUCUAACCCUGAUCUAGAGGAGCCUAGAGAUGAGAGGGGGUCUGAGAACUGGUGAAUCUUGAGUCUUUGCUUGGGUGGGUACUGUACUGAUCCAGUCAGUUCUGCCUGGAAGAAUAAUUGAAAAUACCUACAAAAUGCUAAGAAAUGUCUGUUUUUUUCCCCAUGCAUCUUCCACUGUACAGGCAGCUCAGAUCCUCUGGGAAAGGUCUGGCCUGCCUUCUACAAUGAGGGACUGCUGGUUUUUACUCUCUCUCCUGCUGUGGAUAACCAAAUACUCUCCUCCAGGUGGAGACUUGAGAAGAAUACUUAGUUUGUCUUCCAUGAU